AUGGCUGACUUUAUGGGCGUUCUAGCUAUCAUCGUAUUCUAUAUUCUAAUCCUAAUUGUAGGAGUAUGGGCAGGCCGUAAAUCUAAAGAUGCAAAAGAUUUGGUCGAUCAUGAAGGAGCGCAUACGGAAGAGGUGAUGCUAGCAGGGCGGAAUAUUGGAACAGUUGUUGGAAUCUUUACGAUGACAGCUACUUGGGUUGGAGGUGCUUAUAUUAAUGGAACAGCAGAAGCGUUAUAUAACGGUGGACUUGCUGGAUGCCAAGCUCCUAUCGGCUAUGCAAUAUCCUUAGUAAUGGGAGGUCUUUUGUUUGCAAAAAAAAUGAGAGAAGAAGGAUAUAUAACUAUGCUGGAUCCUUUCCAAAUUAAAUAUGGUCAAAGAGUUGGUGGAUUGAUGUUUGUGCCAGCUUUGUUCGGUGAAGUAUUCUGGAGUGCAGCUAUCUUAUCAGCACUUGGUGCAACGUUAUCUGUCAUUCUACAGUGGGAUAUGAAUAUUUCCGUAAUUAUAUCCGCUAUUAUUGCUGUGUUCUACACUUUCACAGGAGGAUUGUAUGCUGUCGCUUACACCGACGUCGUUCAGCUUUUCUGCAUUUUCAUUGGUUUGUGGGUUUGUGUUCCUGCUGCUUUGGUGCAAGAUGCAACGAAAGAUAUAUCUCGAGAUCCAUCUGAUUGGAUUGGUUCAAUUGGGGGAUUCAAGGAAACAAUGUUGUGGAUCGAUUGCAUGCUUCUUCUCAUCUUUGGGGGAAUCCCAUGGCAAGUAUACUUUCAACGAGUUCUCUCUUCCAAGACUUCUGAAGGCGCUCAACGUCUCUCAUUCGUUGCUGGAAUCGGAUGCAUUCUAAUGGCAGUUCCUCCAGCUUUGAUUGGAGCGAUAGCCAAAAACACAGAUUGGAGAAUGACUGAAUAUUCUCCAUGGCAUAAUGGAACCAAAGUUGAAUCCAUUCCACCCGAACAAACAAACAUGGUCGUUCCACUCGUUUUCCAAUACUUGACUCCAAAAUGGGUGGCUUUCGUAGGAUUGGGAGCAGUGUCAGCUGCAGUCAUGUCUUCAGCUGAUUCAUCAGUGCUUUCAGCAGCUUCUAUGUUUGCUCACAAUAUCUGGAAGUUAACUAUUAGACCACACGCAUCUGAGAAAGAAGUCAUCGUUGUAAUGAGAAUUUCUAUUAUCCUAGUCGGUAUUAUGGCGACAGUAAUGGCUUUAACUAUACACAGUAUUUACGGCUUAUGGUAUUUAUGUGCUGAUCUCGUAUAUGUCAUACUGUUCCCACAACUACUUUGCGUCGUUUAUGUUAAAAGUACAAACACUUACGGAUCACUUGCUGGGUAUGGAGUUGGAUUAUUACUGAGAUUAAGUGGAGGAGAGCCAUUGAUUGGUUUACCCGCAUUCAUUCAUUAUCCACUCUAUGAAGAUGGAACUCAGUAUUUCCCAUUCCGUACAAUGGCUAUGCUAUCGACACUGGGAACAUUAUUAUUUGUUUCAUGGUUGUCCGUUUACUUGUUAACAAACGGCUAUGUACCACCAGAAUGGGAUAUAAUGGAUUGUGUUAUGAAUAUUGAGACUGAGCGAAUUCCUCUUCCAUCAGAUGUUUCAUUCAACGUCUCUAGCGAUACUCUUGCCAUGCAUCAAAAGAAUGAUAAUGGUAUUCCUUCAUUCAAAGAAACAUCCACUUUAGCACCUUAUUCGCACGACCAAAAUUAUAUGUCAACCAAUUAG